GUGUCCAACUUUGUGCUGCAUUUCUGAUCCUGCCUGGAGUUUGGGGAGAAAAUGGAGGCUCAUUUCUUCAUAUUUACCCAGUUGCGCCGUCUUUGCUGAGCUUUUCUGUUGUGUCUAUGCGCUCUGAAUCCGAGAAACGGACUUUAAAAGUGACAGUUGGACGGGAUUUACUUCCCAAUCUUGAGUUAUUCGUGCUACUUCUAUCACAUGGCGCAGAUUGGCAUCAUCAUGUUUUGGCUCUGCAGUGCCCUCAUGAGUGGCUGCAAUUCCUGGAAUAAGCUGGAACCUGAGCCUUGAAAGCCACACCAUGGAAUGCUUGUAGUAUUCCACCUCGCCUUCGUCCACCCCGCCAUCAUCAGCAGGAAUCGGAAACACAAAGUGAGACACAAAUGACUGAGGGACAUAGAAGAGGUCUCCUAAAUCGUUGCCUCUGAUCUAUGCUCCUGGAGGCUCUUUAUCUAUUUAGGUCAGCCCGUUUGAGAGGGAUUUUUAGGAGGGUAUAGGGGAGUGAGUUUCAGUCUGUGUGUGUGUGCUUGCGUGAGUGUGUUAGAGUAGGUGCCUGUCCUGGGCACUAAGGCCAUGAGGCCCAAGACUUUCCCAGCAGCUCCAUACGUGGGCAACACACGGCAAAGGCUUCAGGAGAUUAAAGAGGGCCUGAAGCAGCCGGCCAAGCUGGUGAGCCAGGCUCUGCAUGGUGGUAGCUCCAGGUCCGAGGGGGGCAGAGGGGCCGACUCCAAGAGUGGGAAAGAUGCGGCCAGCCGACAGCAGCAGCUCCGACCUCCGCAGAAGUUCAACAACUACCAGAAUGCGUUGCGAGAAAUCCGCAAGUCCCUCAUGCCCUUUGCCAACGAGUCAGGAGAGGCCGGAGAGGUUAACCGGCAGAUGCUGCAGGAGCUCGUCAACGCAGGCUGCGACCAGGAAAUGGCAGUGCGAGCGCUGAAGCAGACAGGCAGCAGGAACAUUGAAGCAGCCUUGGAGUACAUCAGUAAAAUGGGUUACCUUGAUCCUCACAAUGAGCUCAUUGUUCGUGUCAUCAAGCAGACUUCACCAGGCAAAGCUAGCAUGCCAAAUGCGAUGGACCACCGGCCUUCAUUGGAGGUUUCAGGUGAAGCAGGUGCCAUGCCUCCGUAUCACCAGAUGGGGGCUCCCAUGUACGACGGGGCAGCAGGAUAUGGCCCCGAGGGUGAGAUAGGCCGACCUUACAUGAGUGCUCCUCCUGUUAUGACCUACAUGAUGCCCCCCUCGGGUGCAGCACAGGGCCCCACUAUGGGGAACCCAAUGGGUCGACCUCCCAGUAUGGGCAGCUAUCCACCAGUGAUGGCCACCCAGAGCAACCCAGGCAACGCCAUGUACCCUCCAGGAGCCCAGCAGAAGGGCUACCCUGGCAGCAUGGAGCAGCAUGGGUCUAUGAUGAGCUACAACGUCCCUGGCCAGCCUUUGCAACUCCAGCCACAGCCACCAGGGGGCCCCGUCCCAGGUCCACACUAUGAUUAUGGCCAUCCCAGGCAGCACAUGAUGGAGCCUGCAGGCUAUGGAGUUAAAAGGACCCCCUCCUUCCAGAACAAGAUGGCACCUCCCCCUAUGGCACCCCCAGAUAACUAUGUCAACUUGCAGGGGAAAGGGGGAAUGGGUCAGAACGGCCCUGGAGGAGGUGGCAGUGGAUACCCUGCUAACCUUUACCUUUCCUCUCACUCCCACCCCCGACAGGCUAGCCCCACCUCCCACCAGGUUCAUAUGAUGUCCCGUUCCCCAGGUGGGGUGGGAGCCAUGGGCCCCGACUUUUCAGACCUGCCCCAGGGUUUGAUGACUCCCUCCAGGGCCAGCCUCAACUUGGACCUCUAUGAGCACCACUGGGCAGGGCCCCCAGGUCCUGAAGGUGCCCCUCCACCCAGGCAACCACAGCCCCAGGGCCCAUUCAGAGGGGAGGUGCGUGUUCCCAGCAGAACCAAUUCCUUUAAUAGUCGUUCUGCGGGUCCAAACGGUGUCCGGCCCCCAAUGGCUGCACCUCCUACUGCUGGGAAGCAGGAGGCCUCAUUGGGCCCUCCAAACACCAUCACAGCUGUAACAUCCCCCCCUAUCCAACCGCCAGUCAAGAGUAUCCGUGUGAUGAGGCCAGAGCCCAAGACGGCUGUAGGACCAUGUCACCCUGGUUGGAUGACCGCUCAAGCCCAAGAGGCAACAGAAUCUCUGGGCUACAUGCCAGAAGAGACAUACCCACUAGACCCUGCUCAGGAACCACGCUGCCCUCCACCACCUUACCCAAAGAAUCUGCUCAUGUCUGGAGCAGGUGGUGAGACAGGAGCCCUGGAAGGAGCUGGAGCCAUGUGCGGAGCCCAGGACAUCAGCAACCCUGUUCCAAGAAACACACACAGUGGCAGCGGAGGGAGUGGAAAGGGCAAGGACAGCCAGCAGGUGAAAGAGAAGACAAAGAUGGGCAAGGGAGAAAAAACGGUGAAAGACAAGAAGCAGAUCCAAACGUCCCCCGUUCCUGUGAGAAAGAAUGGGCGAGAUGAGGAGAAGAGGGAGUCCCGCAUCAAAACCUACUCGCCUUUCGCAUUCAAGUUUUAUAUGGAGCAGCACAUAGAGAAUGUAAUGAAGACCUACCAGCAGAAACUCAACCGCAGGCUUCAGCUGGAGCAGGAAAUGUCCAAGGCUGGCCUAUCUGAAGCAGAGCAGGAACAGAUGAGGAAGAUGCUGAAUCAAAAAGAAUCAAACUACAAUCGACUACGGCGUGCCAAAAUGGACAAGUCCAUGUUUGUCAAAAUCAAGACUCUGGGCAUAGGUGCUUUUGGUGAAGUGUGCCUUACACGCAAAGUAGACACUGGUGCACUUUAUGCCAUGAAAACACUGCGCAAGAAAGACGUCCUCAACCGCAACCAGGUCGCCCACGUGAAAGCAGAGCGUGACAUCCUGGCGGAGGCAGACAAUGAGUGGGUGGUACGUCUCUACUACUCCUUCCAGGACCGGGACAGCCUUUACUUUGUCAUGGACUACAUCCCUGGAGGAGACAUGAUGAGCCUGCUUAUCCGAAUGGGAGUCUUCCCCGAACAUCUGGCACGCUUCUACGUGGCUGAGCUGACACUGGCCAUUGAAAGCGUCCACAAGAUGGGGUUCAUCCACCGCGACAUCAAGCCAGACAACAUCCUCAUUGACUUGGAUGGACACAUCAAACUCACUGACUUUGGUCUGUGUACAGGCUUUCGCUGGACGCACAACUCCAAAUACUACCAGAAAGGGAGUCACGUCAGACAGGACAGCAUGGAGCCCAGUGACUUUUGGGAUGACGUAUCCAACUGUCGCUGCGGCGACCGGCUGAUGACACUGGAGCAACGCGCCAACCGCCAGCACCAGCGCUGCCUGGCUCACUCACUGGUGGGAACACCUAAUUACAUCGCGCCUGAGGUUCUGCUACGCAAAGGUUACACUCAGCUGUGCGACUGGUGGAGCGUGGGAGUGAUCCUGUUUGAGAUGUUAGUGGGACAGCCACCCUUCCUUGCUCCAACACCAACCGAGACUCAAAUUAAGGUCAUUAACUGGGAAAGUACACUUCAGGUGCCUGUGCAGGUCAAACUCAGCCCAGAAGCUGUCGACAUCAUCGGACGUCUCUGCUGUUCUGCAGAGGACCGCCUGGGCGCCAACGGCGCUGGCGAGAUCAAGGCUCACCCCUUCUUCUCCCAGGUAGACUUCUCCAGCAAUCUGCGACAACAGCCAGCACCCUACCGGCCCAAGAUUGCUCACCCAAUGGACACGUCCAACUUUGACCCAGUGGAGGAGGAAGGCGGUCCGGGGGCAUGGAGCGACAGUGGCGACAGCACCCGGGCCUUGGACAUACUCUGCUCACCACACGGGAAGCACCCAGAACACGCCUUCUACGAGUUUACUUUCCGCAGGUUCUUCGACGACAACGGCUGCCCUUUCCGCUAUCCGAAGCCACUUGAGGCCAGCGAGGUGUCGUCAGGCAUCACUGGAGCCGCCUGCAUGGGCCCAGAGGAGGAGUUGGAGGAGGAGGACGGGCAAGAGGAGGAGGAAGAAGAAGAAGAUGAGGAAGAGGGAGAGCAGGGAGAAGGAUGCGAGCCGGUUUAUGUCUAGGGCUGCACUGUGACAGGCUUCCUGAGCAGCUUGUGUCUGAUACUGCUCAUCAUUCACCUCCCACUGCUCCUCUCAGGCGUAUGUUUGCAUGUACAGAUAAGAAUGCUGCACAGGUUUGUCUGUGUGUGUUUUAGCAAAUCUGGCAUGUGUGAUUGUAAAGUUGCAGGAGCGAAAUGGAUGAACAUCGCCACCUUGUGGAGUCUGUAAUGUGUCCACAAUAACUUCCAGUAGAAAAACUCUUCUGAUCCGGGACCAAGCUUCUAGGGUGAAGCGGAGGCAGACUCAGAAACUGUACAAGCUGAAAGGAGAUGGUUAAUAUUCACAGAGAUGCUCUCCCAGCAGUUUCUUGUACCAUUUCUUCCGCCCUCGGUCUUACAGAUGACUUGGUGACCUUCUGACAGGAGUGACUGAGCUUCUUCCUGAGCUGCUUUACACUCAAGUAUUGAACAUGGCAAUGUGAAGAGUGAAACCAGUUUACUUGUUGAUAGCGCCUCUUUCACAGCUGCUGCAAAAUAAGCUACAAAGAUACAUUCAUACCCAUGCUUACUCAUUAAAGCUCAUGUUCAAUCAUAAAGCGUGAAAAGGGCGUUAGAUUUCACAGUGAUCUUAAUGUCCAUAUUUAAGUUUUCAUAUGUUGGCUUCACCUACAAUUGACAAAAAAGAUGUCUCUGAUGGUGUCACCCACAGAAAUAGUUUAUCAACCAUAUUGUGUUCUGAAAGAAAAUGUGUCCCUUUUUUAUUUUUUUCAGCUUCAAACAGAAAUAUUUAUAGUUGCUCCAUCUUUAUGCAUCUACAACAGCCUCAUUUUGUGCCAAUUUAAAUAAGAUGAAGUCUCAGAGAAAACCUGACACAAAUGUUCUUAAAUACUGAUUGUUGUAAAGCUCAACCCGCACCAAAAAAAAUUUAAAAAUACUGUUUUCAGCUCAAAAAUCAGGCAGAUAUUUCUAUUUAAUCAAGAUUCAGAAUUGAAGCACUGCUGCAUUUGAGCUCAUGUUUAAUAAAACCAGCGGUGUCACUGUUUUUCCAGACACGCAGUAAAUUUCUUCCUAUGAAAUACAAGAAAUGCUCUGGAGGCAUGAUUCCUCAUGUUUUGUUCUUUUUCAGAAAAAGAACUGGUGAAUACCAUGAGGCACAAACUGACUCAAGAGGUCAGAGCCAGAUCUAGAGUGGCCUGAAUCUGUCAAAAGUCUGAUGAGUUUGCACAGAAUCAAACCACAAAUACACACAAAUAUUCACCAAGAUGCACAAUUGUACAGCUUUUUUUUUUUUUUUUUUUGUUGCAAAUAUCAGGCCUGCAGUUGCAUAGCAGCUUAACAGCCUCCUCUAUCUCCAGGAGGCAGUGAUGAAAACAAAGCAACAUGUCCUUCAACAGCCAAACGUCUGAUAGUAUGACUAUGUGCAAUACAGAAAUCACAUUAUAUGUAUAUAGUUCUAAACACUUAUAUCCUUUUAGUUCUGAAAUGUACAAAUAUAUUGGUAUACAUAUGUAUUUUCUCUUUUCAGUUACAACAUGCUGCUUAUUGUGGUUAAUAUUAUUUACAUUAUAAUUAUAUUUGUUAUUACAUGUUUUCUUUUGUUGCAGUCUAAGGAAAUGUUGGCUUAAGUGUGUUUGGGUUUUGAAAGUAGCGAGCUGUGUGCCUUUCUAGCUGAAUGUUGUAGUGCGUGUCACCACUUGAUGGCGAGGAAAACGAUUUUACUGAAUUUUCGGGGUGGGCUCCUUGCCUGCUGCAAGCCGGGCUGGACCUGACUGCAGCAUGAUGGUGUCCAGUUAAGACAGAUGGAACAGGGAGGAUAAAGGUUAGGAGGAGAGAGGCAAGUUGGCUUCAGGAAAUGUUAUUGGAAAAAAGAAUGAGUAGCUUUUUCUAUCUUCAAAGAGCUUGGUACAUUUUCUUUUAUUUAUCCAAAAUAACAAGUUUAAAGUGUUGCUUAACUCUUGUGCCAUGUUCUGUGCUGGAGCUCUGUGCUCUGCAGACAAUGCUACCCUCUUGCUUAUUGACAAUCAGCAAACAGCAAAUGCUCCUUUUUUUUCUGUGGAACUGAAAUUUUGUUGGUUAGUUGAUACCAAAACUCUUCCAGCAGUAUUCUGAAUUGUACUCAUGUUAUUCUCAACAUGUCAGAUGUUUUUUAAAGUGAUUCUCUGGGUGAUGGAAAUGUGUGGUUAAGGUUAUUUGGUUGCCUUUUUUUGCUCGACAAUGUUUGGAUUUUUCUAUAAAUGUGCCUUGUCUACCAUGAGCAGCACAAUUUCUUUUUUUUAUUUAAACUUGCCUUGUUUAAUUUUCAUCCCUUUUCUGCAGACCUCUUUUAUCUGUUGUCAUUCUUGCUCUGGGAGGCUGACAGAGGAUGCUGUGUCUUUAUGCAGACUGUGCUUACAUGCAACAAUCAUUCCUGUUAUUCUGGUCCACAAUUAAUAGGGCAGCAAGCUAUAACUCCUUGAAUCAAAUACUGAUGAUGGGGGCUUUUUCUCCCUUUUUUGUCCCAUGGAAACUCCCUCCAUUAGCAUUUUUCUAAAACUCAGUUCUUUAGUUGUUACUUUUUGUUUUAGGAAAGGGAAAAAAAUAUUAUUGCCACUGUACAAAGUUGCAACUCAGGUCUUGUUCAAAUGUAUAAAGCUGCUUGUUUAAUUGGACUGGAUGGAGGUUGUUGAAUAUUACAUAUCGCAGACUGGCAGAUUUGUUGCAUGGUUACACAUAACCCCAAUGUAAACACAAUGUGAAAUAACUACAUUUCCAUGUGUCAGUGUGAUUAAAGGCGGUUUAAACUGGACUCAAGCUGAUAUGUUGCAUGUAAACAGCCAGCAUUUUGUCCUUGUGCUGUCUUCUGCACCCACUAUCAAGCAUCAUUGCUGAUAAUAAAAGGCCGGUGUUGCUCUGUCACCCUUCCUCAUUCAGUUAGUCUUCAACCCAGUCUUCCUCUCUUUCACUGUGUUUCCAAUCCACUUCCAUCAGGACCGACUUCUUCAUGGGAAAUAAAGCUUUACAGCGAAAGCCGCAGCUCUCUGCGGAGCGUGUGAGUGCCACAAAGUGUGUGAGGUGUUUCCUGGAUGUGUUUUCUGUUUCUAAGGUUAGAGAGUGAUGACUGACAAUCUUUGAUGGACUUCACGUCCUCUUAUCUGAUUUCUUGGCAAGACUUACUUGUAUAUCCUUUUCAUUUUGUAUUUUUACUCUAAGGAGCUUCUGCUUUGCUCUUUAAUGUAUGAUACAAGUCUGUUACUCUUAAAUAUAUAUUUAUACAGAUAUACAUAUUUUUUUUUAAUCUUUUCUCUUUUUUCAAUUUCCCUUGUGGUAAUGUUAAAAAAUCCUUGAAUACGCAGUAUUAUAGAUGGUGUAAUUUGGACAGAUCUCUUUUUUUACAUUCAUGUAUGAACUGAGAAUUUGUAAAAAUGCUUUUACUGUCCUUGUGUGUAAAAUGUAUGUAUAAAUUAAAUUAACCAACCUGGACAUGAGUGUUGUUGAAUUAAAUGAGCAUGUUGCAGCAGCUAUAUUACACCAACAUUAUAAAGAAGUUAUAACUAUGAUUUUAGGUAUGCGUCACC